GGCCUUUUCAAUUUCCUGUCAGUGAACAUUGAGUCCGGCAUCUCGAGCAUCCGCGGUUGGCAGUUUUGCCAGGUCACCUUGAAAAAUGGUUACUGGACAGGAUCGGGUGGUUGCUCUAGUGGACAUGGAUUGUUUUUUUGUGCAAGUGGAGCAGCGGCAAAAUCCUCAUUUGAAGAAUAAGCCUUGUGCAGUCGUACAGUACAAAUCAUGGAAGGGUGGUGGAAUAAUUGCAGUGAGUUAUGAAGCUCGUGCAUUUGGGGUCACUAGAAGCAUGUGGGCAGAUGAUGCUAAGAAGUUAUGUCCAGAUCUUCUACUGGCACAAGUUCGUGAGUCCCGUGGGAAAGCUAACCUUACAAAAUAUCGGGAAGCCAGCGUUGAAGUGAUGGAGAUAAUGUCUCGUUUUGCUGUGAUUGAACGUGCCAGCAUUGAUGAGGCUUACAUAGAUCUGACGCGUGCUGUCCAAGAGAGACUACAGGAGCUACAAGGUCAGCAUAUCUCAGCAGACUUGCUGCCAAGCACUUACAUUGAAGGAUUUCCCCAAGGCCCUACAACAGCAGAAGAGACUGUUCAGAAAGAUGAUAUGCGACAACAAGGCUUAUUACAAUGGCUUGAUUCUCUUCAGAUUGAUAACAUCACCUCUCCAGACCUGCAGCUCACCGUGGGAGCAGUGAUUGUGGAAGAGAUGAGAGCAGCCAUAGAGAGGCAGACUGGUUUUCAGUGUUCAGCUGGAAUUUCACACAAUAAGGUCCUAGCAAAAUUGGCCUGUGGACUAAACAAGCCUAACCGCCAGACCCUGGUCUCACAUGGGUCAGUCCCACAGCUCUUUAGCCACAUGCCUAUUCACAAAAUUCGCAGUCUUGGAGGAAAGCUAGGGGCCUCUGUCACUGAAAUCCUAGGGGUAGAAUACAUGGGUGAACUGACCCAGUUCACUGAAUCCCAGCUCCAGAGUCAUUUUGGGGAGAAGAAUGGGUCUUGGCUAUAUGCCAUGUGCCGAGGGAUUGAACAUGAUCCAGUUAAACCCAGGCAACUACCCAAAACCAUUGGCUGUAGCAAGAACUUUCCAGGAAAAACAGCUCUGGCUACUCGGGAACAAGUACAAUGGUGGCUUUUGCAGUUAGCUCAGGAACUAGAGGAGAGACUGACCAAAGACCAAAACGAUAAUAACAGGGUGGCCAACCAGCUGGCUGUGAGUAUUCGUGUACAAGGAGACAAACGUCUCAGCAGCUUGCGCCGCUGCUGUGCCCUUACUCGCUAUGAUGCUCACAAGAUAAGCCAUGACGCAUUUGCUGUCAUUAAGAACUGUAAUACUUCUGGAAUUCAAACAGAAUGGUCCCCUCCCCUCACAAUGCUGUUCCUCUGUGCUACCAAAUUCUCUGCCUCUGCCCCUUCAUCUUGCACAGACAUCACCAUUUUCUUGAGCAGUGACCCAAGUUCUCUGCCAAAGGUGCCAAUUACCAGUUCAGAAGCUAAGACCCAAGGAAGUAGCCCAUUGGUGACAGGCAUUAAGAAAGCAAACACCUCUCUGGAAUCAUUCUUCCAAAAAGCUGCAGAAAAGCAGAAAAUCAAAGAAGCUUCACUUUCAUCUCUUACUGCCACUAUCCAGGCCUCCACAAGCAAUCCACCACCUAAGCCCUCAUUACCUUUCCAAACCAGUCGAAUUACAGGAACUGAGCCCUUCUUUAAGCAAAAAAGUCUGCUUCUAAAGCAGAAACAGCUUAAUAAUUCUUCAGUUUGUUUCCCUCCACAAAACCCACAGUCCAACUCUAAAGGGUUAACAAACUACUUUCCAAUCGAGUAUCCAGAUUGUGCCCCCGUUUGUGAAGGAGCAUUGAAGCUAGAAUCCUCUAAAACAACUCCUACAGAGAUGCAUUUGGCCCAGAACAGCCCAAGCAAGCUUGCUUCUUCAGCUUCCAAGUCGGCUCUGCAGGUGGCUCUAGAGGCUACUACCUCAAGUCUUCUUGCUGCUGAGGACCAAGUACGCUGUGAGAAGUGUGGCUCCCUGGUACCAGUAUGGGAGAUGCCAGAACACAUUGACUAUCAUUUUGCAUUGGAAUUGCAGAAAUCCUUUUUGCAGCCCCACUCCUCAGCCCCCCAGGUUGUUCCUGCCAUUUCUCCUCAAGGUAAAAGAAAUCCCAAGAGCCCUUUGGCUUCCAGUAAUAAGCGCCCUAGACCUGAGGGCAUGCUGACAUUGGAAUCAUUUUUUAAGCCAUUAACACAUUAGUGCUGCCCUCAGGCUUGCUGCAGGAUUUUAAUAUUUUAUCUGUAGCCUGGGAAGUGGAAAUAUGUUCACUUCUUAAGGAAAUCUAUAACAUGAAAUUUUUUGUACAAAAAAUAAUCCAGCUAAAGUGCUGGGGUAAUGUUCCUAUCUCUUCAUAGGCAUGGAUUAUAAUCCCAUUGCUGAUAGAGAUGUAAAAAUUCAUCCUCCCUUUGAUUUUUAGUCUAAAGAGUUUAGGGAGACAGUGUCAUGGUAAAAAGUGUUUGGGUCUUGGGGCCUAAGAGACCCGGUUUCAAACCUAGCUCUGCUUCUUAUGCAUAUGGCCUUGAGCAAAUUACUUUCUUCACUUCUUCAUCUGUAAAACAGAGAAGUUUACAGAUUAUUGAAGAUUAAAAACGAUAUAUUUAAAGUGCCUAACUUAACAUUGGCACAGAAAAGGAACUGAGUUUAAAAAAAAAAAAGGUUUAAAAAUAAAUUUCUGGGGCUGGCCCAUGGCUCAC